UAUCGACUCGGGCCCACAGAUUCCAAUCUCGAGACGCGGGGUUCAACCCGGAACCGACCAAAAUCUAGGUCGCCUCCGGCUGCGAGGGAUCUAGGGUUUCUGAAAGGCCCCGGCGAGACAGAAAGAGAGCGAGCGAGGUAGGGGGAAGAGGGAAAGAUGUCGAAGAAGAACAAUUUAGCGACGAGAAGAAAGCAGUACGCGUUCGACCUCCAACGAGAGAAGGAGGAAAGAGAAAAGAGAGAGAAAAGGCUGCAAACGAAGAAGUCCAAGAUGAAGGUUGAUGGUAGUGACAUGAAAGGAAAGAGGAAAAAUUCAGGAAGAUUUCAGGUUGGGAAGAAAAAGGUGAAAACCAAAUUGUCUGCUCUGGCAAAGGCAAAAGCAGCCCAAGCAAUGGAGAUUGACAAACAGUCUUAGUUUUUUGUGUAUGGUUGAAGGUCAUUGGACUGUAGCCUGUUAUGCUAUUGUGACUUGGGACCAUAUAGCAUUUAUUUUGACCCUUCAACACAAAUUUGUAGUUGUAACGCCACUUUCUGACUUUUCACUCUCUUCCUUUUGUUAGUGUAGUUUCCACUUGUCAUGCAAGUGGAGAGCAUCAAAUUGAAAUCUCAUAUUCUUGCUGGUUGACUUGGCUGUGUU